AUGUAUUCCAUGAGGAUCUUCUGUCUGGUCCUGAGCGUGGCAGGCACAGUUUGGACUGCAGAGACUGAUGAAGGUGAAUUUUUAGCUGGAGGAGGAGGUGUGCGUGGCCCCAGAAUUUCGGAAAAAAUACCAUCUUCCUGCAGAGAAACAGACUGGCCCUUCUGCGCUGAUGAAGACUGGAAUGAAAAAUGCCCUUCUGGCUGCAGGAUGAAAGGGUUGAUUAAUGAAGUCAAUCAAGAUUUCACAAACAGAAUAUCUAAGCUCAAAAAUGCACUACUUGAUUAUCAGAAGAAAAAUAAGGACUCUAGUUCAGUGACCGUGGAUUUAAUAGAACUUCUGAGAAGGGAUUUCGCUUCCUCUAACAACAACGAUAAUACAUACAACCAAUUGUCUGAAGACCUGAGAAACAGACUUGAGGUCCUGAAUCGCAAAGUCAUAGAACAAGUACACCAUAUCCAACUUCUGCAGAAAAAUGUCAAGGCUCAGCUGAUAGAAAUGAAACGACUGGAGGUGGACAUCGAUAUUAAGAUCCGAUCUUGCCAAGGGUCAUGCAGUAGGACUGUAGUACGUACAAUAGAUCUACAGGACUAUGACGAUCAGCAGAAGCAAGUUGAACAUCUCAUUGCCAAAGACUUACUUCUCCCUAAAUAUAGACAACACUUACCACUGUUAAAAAUGAGCCCAGAUUCAGAUUUGCUCCCCAGAGAUUUCAGGAGUCAGCUUCUCAAAGCCUCUCCGGAGUGGAAGGCACUCACAGAAAUGAAGCAAAUGAAAAUGACGAUAGAAAGGUCUGGAACAGAUGGGAAUCCCCGAGGAGACUCUGCAUCUCGUGGAACAGGAUCAUCACCUGAAAACCCCAGGAAACCUGCACCUGGUGGCACUGGGAAUCGGAAACCUGCGGGCUCUGGACCUGGUGGUGCUGGCAUUUGGAACCAUGAAAGUUCUGGGCCUGAAAGUUUUAGGCCAGAUAGCUCAGGGCAUGGGAACGCCAGGCCUGCCAACCCAGACUGGGGCACAUUUACAGAGGAUUCAGGAAGUGUAAGUCUGGCGACAAAGGAAAAGUCCCGCCAAACAGGUAAACUGCACACUUCUGAAGGAGAUAAAGAACUUCUGAUUGGUGAUGAGAAGGUCACUUCUAGUGGCACAACCUACCGUCGUCAAUCAUGCUUUAAAUCCAUUACUAAGACCGUUACAGGUCCCGAUGGCCGCAAAGUAGUGACGAAAGAAGUGGUCAACUCUGAAGAUGGUUCUGACUGUGGGGACACAAUCGACUCAGACUUCACCCGCACUUUGUCCGGCAGGGGCGGCCUAGAAGAAUUCCGUCGUACUUACCCUGAGGAAGCUGAUUUCUUUGAGAGUGAAUCAACUGGAUUAAGAGUCCCAGGUUUCACGUCAUCUGAGUUAGAAAGUCUUGGGAGUAAGACCCACUCUGUGGACUCAACAUCUGUCAUUUUCUCAGACUUAGGGGAAACCAGCUCUCACAGUGUCAGAGGAAGUCACAGCACCAAGAGAAGCCGAGCUAAAGGUCGCACUGCCAGAGACUGUGAUGAUGUCCUCCAAACACAUCCUUCAGGUGCCCAAAGUGGCCUUUUCAAUAUCAAGCUACCGGAAUCCAGUAAGAUUUUUUCAGUUUAUUGCGAUCAAGAGACCAAUUUGGGAGGAUGGCUUUUGAUCCAGCAAAGGAUGGAUGGAUCACUGAAUUUUAACCGGACGUGGCAAGACUACAAGAGAGGUUUCGGCAGCCUGAAUGACAAGGGGGAAGGAGAAUUCUGGCUAGGCAAUGAAUACCUACACUUGCUAACGCUGAGGGGCUCUGUCCUUCGGGUUGAAUUAGAGGACUGGGCUGGGCACCUGGCUUAUGCAGAAUAUCACUUAAGGGUAGGCUCCGAGGCAGAAGGCUAUGUCCUGCAGGUCUCCUCCUAUGAAGGCACGGCAGGCGAUGCUCUGAUCAAGGGUUCCUUGGAGGAAGGCACAGAGUACACUUCUCACGCUGGCAUGCAGUUCAGCACCUUUGACAGGGAUGCAGACCGGUGGGAAGAAAACUGUGCAGAAGUCUAUGGAGGAGGCUGGUGGUACAACAACUGCCAGGCGGCCAAUCUCAAUGGCAUCUAUUACCCUGGGGGCUUCUAUGACCCCAGGAACAAUAGUCCUUAUGAGAUUGAGAAUGGAGUGGUCUGGGUCCCCUUCAGAGGAGAAGAUUAUUCCCUCAGGGCUGUCCGCAUGAAAAUCAGGCCCCUGGUGACCCGAUAA